UCUUCGUCUCUCUCUCCAAAACUUGCUUUCUAGAGAGAGAGAGAGCGAGAGAGAGAAAGCAUCGACAUAGUAAUAAUAAUAUUAAAAAAAAAGGAAAAUUCUGGGGCAGUCCAUUUUCGCCAAUUCCGCUUCCCUUUCUUGAUUCCGCUCUCUGUACGAACGCCCAGCGCGGGUGGAUGGGUGGGUGCUGGGAUCCAAUCGAAUUCAUUGUCAGAUCUUGAAGAAAUUCUCCGUCUUUCCUUCCUCUUCUUCGCCUUCUCCUUCCCCACGUAUAAUCGGACCGGCUCAAUUUCGUCAGAUAAGUUGUAGGAAAAAGGAAUUGUGACUCAUCUCCGGUGAAAUAGUAGCGGAUAUCUGCACUCUAAUUGAAGAGGAUUCAGUUUGAAUAUCCGCUACAAUGAAGAAGGCUUUUGACCAAACUGUUCGUGAUCUCAAGAGAGAGGUCAACAAGAAAGUACUAAAAGUUCCUGGGGUAGAACAGAAGGUACUUGAUGCUACUAGCAAUGAACCGUGGGGUCCUCAUGGCUCACUUCUUGCAGAUAUUGCACAAGCUUCAAGAAAUUACCAUGAGUACCAGAUGAUAAUGAACGUUAUAUGGAAGCGGAUUAACGAUACUGGAAAGAACUGGCGACAUGUCUACAAGGCACUGACUGUCUUGGAGUACAUGGUGGCCAAUGGUUCCGAGCGUGUGAUAGACGAAAUCAGGGAACAUGCCUAUCAAAUUCAGACAUUGAAUAGCUUCCAGUACAUUGAUUCAAGUGGAAAGGAUCAGGGUAACAAUGUUCGGAAGAAGUCGCAGUCUCUUGUGGUCCUUGUAAGUGAUAAAGAACGUAUAGCGGAAGUGAGACAGAAGGCUGCUGCUAACAGGGACAAGUUCAGGAGCAUGUCUUCAUCCGGUGGGAUGUAUAGGCCGGGCUCGUACUCUGAUUUUGGAGGAUAUAGUGGCAACAGGUACGAUGACUACAGGGGAAGGGAUGAUGAUCGGAGCUAUGACUAUGGGAAAGAUCGAGACGGGGGAUAUUACAGGGAUGGGGAUUCCUACAGUCGUGAUGGAGAUCGAUAUGGAAGAGACUCUGAGGACCGUUAUGGGAGGGACAGCUAUCGGGAAAGUGAGUCCAGAGGCAGGAGUCGCAGCACAGAUGAUUACCAUUAUGGCUCACGGAGCAGGAGCUCUGAUCAGUAUCGGGACCGGGAUCGAAAUUUUGAUGAUGAUGGGCAAUAUUCAUCUAGAGGGGUGGGGAAAGCUGAAUCAGCAGAUGAUAGUUCUCGUGGUGAACGGAAGCUCGACAGGAAAUUCUCUGAGCAAAACCUAGGUGCCCCUCCAAGUUAUGAAGAAGCUGUGAGUGAAUCUCGAAGUCCCAGUUUAAAUGAGAGGGAGGGUGAGAAUUCAGCUGCUCCUGCUCCUGCUCCUGCUCCUAGACCACCUGUCUCUCCUGUAAGCAAUAACAUGGCACCACCAGUGAGCACGGCUCCACCAGCGACUACUACUCCACCUGCUGCUUCAUCACCAUCUUCUUCAAUGCAGGAUUUCGGGGCAGGCGAUGAGUUCGAUCCUCGUGUACCAGUUUCAGCUGCUCCUUCCACCUCGAAAACUGCAGAAGAGGAUAUAUUUGGCUCUCUGUCAGACUCAUUCUCUUCGAAUCCAUUAGCUAUUAUGCCAGUGACUCCCUUAACCACGACGUCAGAAGUUGACCAGCCUUCUUAUGCUGGUGCAGGCCCCACCUUCGCCUCGCUGCCAACUGCUGCUUCUAGUCAGGGGAUUGAUGAUCCAUUUGGUGACUCUCCUUUCAAAGCAGUAUCUUCUACAGACAACAUCCCGGCUCAACCACAGCCUGCUCCAACGCCAUCUUUCCCCUAUAACACGAAUCAAGUUACUGAGCAGCCACAAAUGGGAGUGCCUAAAACAGAUACAGCGGCUGAUUUUGGCUUUGGAAGCUCCAUCUCCGGCUUGACUUAUUCCCCACCAGAAGCUCGAACUGUUAUUCCUUACCAUGCAGCCCCUGCUUUCACACCUCAGGCACCUCCACCUUCAAGCGCUCCAGCUGAAAACCCGAAUCCGAUUAUGUAUGGGGGUUUCGCUUAUCAGACGGUUCCCAAUUUUCCACAGGGCUCUGCUACUCAGAUGAAUCAUCAAGUGCCUAACUACGGUGUCCACAACACUUCUCAGUUUCCGCAGACAGAUUCUCAGAUCCCACAGACAGGGCUAAUGGCUUCACAGUCAAAUGUUUCAUCUUCACCAGGACCACUGGCUCUGGUUCCUCAGCAACCCAACAAGGACAAGUUUGAGACCAAGUCAACUGUGUGGGCCGAUACUCUGAGCCGAGGGCUGGUGAACUUGAACAUAUCUGGAUCAAAAACCAAUCCCCUUGCGGACAUUGGAGUUGACUUUGAUGCGUUGAACCGGAAGGAGAAGAGGAUGGAGAAAACUUCUGCCAAUCCCCCGAUAUCCACAGUCACCAUGGGUAAAGCUAUGGGAUCCGGUACGGGAAUGGGCCGGGCUGGUGCUAGUGCGAUCAGACCUCCUACGAACCCCAUGGGCUCCAACAUGGGUAUGAUGAAUAUGGGCGGUGGGAUGGGCCCAGGCAUGGGCAUGGGUGGAUAUAGGGGCAUGGGCCAACCUGUUGGCCAACCAAUGGGCAUGGGGAUGGGCAUGGGGAUGAACACAAACAUGGGAACGGGGAUGAAUGCAGGAAUGAUGCAACGGCCUGGCGGGGCACCUUCAGGUCAGGCAAUGCCCGGUGCUUAUAACCCAAUGAUGGGUUCAGGUAAUUACACCCAACAACCAUAUGGAGGUGGCUACCGGUGAAACCAUGUGGCUCUCACCUUCUUGGCUUUCCGGUUAGCAGAAGUUUCUUGCCUGGUCCCUCAUUGAAACAACGAUAAAAUGGAAUGCCAGACCACACCUAGGCAGGAAAUUUUCUCCCCAAGCUUGUAUCAGGUACCGGUAAUGUUUUGCGAGUUGCACGAGACGGGCACAUUGAACGAGGUAUGCAUCAUGUAUUCCUAUACAUGACCUCCUCGUUCCCUCCGGACCCAAGGCUUAUAUGUCAUUUUUCCGUAGCACUGCUGCUUUGUAUAAUUUUUGUACGAGGUGUGUAACAUAUAUACAUAUGUUUAUUCGCCCCCUCUUUCCCAUGUUAAUUCUUUCAGUUGUUCUGAGCGAGCUUGUAUGAGUUGUGCCUUUUGUUAUAUAUUUUGAGGAUGGCUGUAGUUCUGUUGAACUUGUUUUUGGUCACUGAACAUUGAUAUUAGCGUGGUUGAAUGUUAUAUCAAUAAAAUGAAAUGAUUGACAUUCUUUCCUAGUCA